CCACAUUCGAGCGGGCAACAAGUGUGUGUGUUUGCGAGCAAAAGAAUCCCUUUUCCCGACCAUUCAUCCUAGUUCCUAGUAGAGGGACAACACUCAAAGAUGGGCAUUGCCUUGAUGUUCCUGCUGGCCCUGUACCAGAUGCAGUCGGCCAUCCACAGCGAGAUCAUCGACACGCCCACUUACGGGGGCAACGCGCUGCUGCAGGAGGCGGACUCUGAGGCGAGUCCGGCGCAGGACUCCACCAAUGACCUGGUGGAUGCCCUGCUCGGUAGCAGCGAUCAGGGCGAGCGGGCGGAACUGGAGUUCCGUCACCCCAUCUCCGUGAUUGGCAUCGACUACACCAAGAAUGCGGUGCUGCUGCGCUUCCAGAAGCACAGUCGCCGGCCGCGCUACAAGUUCGAUCCGGAACUUGAGGCCAAGCGAAGGUCCGUGCAGGACAACUUCAUGCACUUUGGCAAGCGGCAGGCGGAGCAACUACCUCCGGAGGGCACAUACGGUGACUCUGGCGAGCAGGAGGGCAUGGCCAAGCGGUCCAACAUGGAUCGAUAUGGCCGGGAUCCCAAGCAGGACUUUAUGAGAUUCGGUAGGGAUCCAAAGCAGGAUUUCAUGAGAUUCGGUAGGGAUCCAAAGCAAGAUUUCAUGAGGUUUGGUAGGGAUCCCAAGCAGGAUUUCAUGAGGUUUGGCAGGGAUCCCAAGCAGGAUUUCAUGAGAUUUGGACGCACUCCAGCGGAGGAUUUCAUGAGAUUUGGACGCACUCCAGCGGAGGAUUUCAUGAGGUUUGGACGCUCGGACAACUUCAUGCGCUUCGGGCGCAGUCCACACGAGGAGCUACGCAGUCCCAAACAGGACUUCAUGCGAUUCGGUCGACCCGACAACUUUAUGCGCUUUGGUCGCUCUGCUCCGCAGGAUUUCGUACGUUCCGGGAAGAUGGACUCGAACUUCAUUCGCUUCGGCAAGAGGGUGAAGCCAACGCUUCCCGAAGCCAAUCAAACCAAGUCGGGUAAGUCGGAGAAGUCGGACAAGCCGGGCGACAGGAGUCCCGUGGACAAGGCCAUGACGGAGCUGUUCAAGAAACAAGAGCUGCACGAUCAGCAGGUUAAGAGCGGCGAACAGACGACCUCCUCGGCGGACGAGGGCAGCCUGGAGCAGGAGCCGGAGCAGGAGCAGGAGCAGUUCUUCGGCCAGUGAAGAUCAGAGUUCCGAUGGCGCCAUUCCUUGUAAAUAGAUAACGACAAACGAGCACACGAUUCGUAACUGAUAUACGUACUAUACUAUAUGUUACAUCCCACUCCCCACACGAACUCCCGACAAAUGCCUAAACUAUGAAUUUUUAAUGGGGGCUGGAUUAAAAAUUCACCACGCUUUGAAGUUCUUACCCAUAAAUAUAUGUACCUAGCGUAAUUUCGAAUGCAUUGAGAAAAGGUGUGAAAAAAAAAGUAUUUUGCCAAAGUUCCAAAUAAAGAUUGCUCUACUGUA